UGACGUUUUUUUUCACGUGUGUUUUCCGGCAUGGUGACCUCUUCUUCAGUAAAUACAGCCGCGUUUAGGAGAUAUGAAGACGAAUUGUUAGUUGUUCUACUGUACAUGCCGUAAGUGACCUCCCAACCAGGAUUACUGUUAUAAUUACUUUGAUGUUGAAUGCAUUAUUGAUGUUUCAUUUAUUUAACAACUGCAUAUGUAAUUUUCUACUGUUUAUCUGCCCCUGGGUGGCAUCUCAGGACAUAUCCUUUCUUUUUGAUUCGUUUUUUUAAAAUUAAUCUAUAGUUAUGGCUGUGCAAAUGCCCUUUGCUGGACUUUUGUUUAUGAGAAGACUGGUGAGAAAUAGCAGUCAAAGACAUCUCAGUUGCAGGUGCAUAAUCCAAAAAUGUAGGAUGAGGCAAACAAGAACCGUUUCAACUGCUUUUGUAAAUUAUAACGAGAACAAGGGAGACGACUCGGACCCCUCACCCCUUAGCUCCAACUUGACCUUCAAGCAAGCUCUGCUAUCCAGAAGGAGACCCCUGUCCCCCCUGGAGAGGAUCAGCAGCCUGCUGCCCCAGGACGCCCUAAGCCCUGAGGUGAUGCAGCUGAGGGAGGAGCAGAACCAGGAAGCCUCAGAAGAGGACACAAACAUCCACACACAAGCAGAACAUGAGGCUAUCCCUAAAGAGGAUGACUCGGAGACCCAUCAUGCAUCAGAUGCAGCUAUGGAGACAGAGGAGGAAAAAGGUUCGAUACCACCCACCCUGCCUGGGGAGAGCUUGCUGGUGUUCGGGGAACUGCUGUUGGCCGAACAUCGUAAGAAAGGCCGUGUGGAGUUCAGGAGGAUGUUUGCCCUUCAGGCGGGGGCACGCCUGAACAGCAGCUGGGGGAUCAUCCUGCACGAUAACAUAGCCAGGCAACCCGCGGGUCGCUUCCUGAAGACGAGCAGGGGGACUCCCAUCCUUAUACGGCGGCCCAGUCUGGAGGAUUAUGUGCUGCACAUGAAGAGGGGGCCCGCCAUCGCCUACCCAAAGGAUGCAGCUACUAUGCUGAUGAUGAUGGAUGUCACAGAAGGAGACCGUGUGUUGGAGUCAGGAUCUGGGUCCGGGGCCAUGUCUCUGUUCUUGUCCAAAGCAGUGGGCUGUAAAGGCAGCGUGCUGAGCAUGGAGGUCAGGGAGGACCACCACAAGAGAGCGGUGCUUAACUACAACCGCUGGAGGACAGCAUGGAGUCUGCGGCGAGGGGAGGAGUGGCCUGACAACGUCCAAUUUCACAGAGCCGACCUCUGCACAGCCUCCCCGCUCAUCGCCGGUCAGGGAUUUAAUGCGAUUGCCCUUGACAUGGCCAACCCACACCUGGUCCUACCCACUGUGAUUCCACAUCUGCACCCUGGAGCUGUGUGUGCCGUCUACCUCGCCAACAUCACUCAGGUCAUUGACCUGCUGGAGGGAAUGCGGUGUUCGGCGCUCCCUCUGCUCUGUGAACGCAUCAUCGAGGUCCCAAACCGAGACUGGCUGGUGGCUCCGGCUCUGCAGAAAGACGGGAAGUACUGCAUCAGGAAGGCACCGGUCCUGGUGGAAGAGCAGAGGGAGGAGACGGAGAAAGACAAGACGAGCACCGAGCAGCCAGCGGCCUUUGGGAGUUUUCCCUACAUUGCCAGGCCUCAUCCUGAACAGAUGAGCCAUACAGCAUUCCUGGUGAAACUGAGGAAGUGUGAGCGGUAGCUGGUCUGCCUGCAAGGAGCCUCAGGAUAAAACAUCCUCACACAUCAACCUUAUUGUAACUGUACAAAAUGAAGAAUAAAUGUGUUUAUGUAUAUUGGCUGUGAA